CCCAGGCGGGGCCCUCUAGCAUCUGGGUUCCCUUUUUCCUGCUCUGCAACCCUUACCAAGUCCCCAGCGCCCUCCUCUGAUCCCCGCUUGGCACAAGGCAGGCACAAGGCAGGAUCCACGGGCUCCGAUCUAGGCCCGCCUCGGGGCUACAGCCACCAGAUAGAGCUUGUGCGAAAGGUGGCCGCGCAGGCGGGGGUGGGGGGUUUGUCUCUGCCACCAGGUGUGCGGACCGAGGUCUGGCACAAGCCACUGCGUGGAAGCGCGCACAUACAGUGGGCGUUCCUGCGUCCGGGAAGGCCGGGCAACGGGCUGCACCGACCUCCCCUUCAGUCACUUCCCAGUCCAGGGCCGAGAGGGCGCAGCGGCUCGACCGCCCUCAGCGGGCACCCCAGGUGCAACCUGGACAAUGCCACGGGCUUUGUGGACAGUGUGGGCCUUGGGGGCCAUGAUCCUCCUCUCCAAGGAAGGGUCUCCAGAUCCGGCUCCUCUGUCUUGCAACCCCACUGGCAUCUGUGAUGGCCGCUCCAGAUCUUUCAGCUCCAUUCCCUCAGGGCUCACAGCAGCCAUGAGAGGGCUUGACCUGUCCAACAAUGAGAUCACCUAUAUCGGCCAAGCUGAUCUGCAGAGGUGUGUCAACCUCCGGGCUCUGAUGCUGAAGUCCAAUGGGAUCAGCACAAUUCAGGAAGAUGCCUUUUCUUCCCUAAGCCAUCUGGAACAUUUGGAUUUAUCUGAUAAUCAGUUAUCCAAUCUAUCGUCUUCCUGGUUUAGGCCCCUUUCCUCCUUGAAAAUUUUAAACUUACUGGGAAAUCCUUACAAAACACUUGGGGAAACAUCUCUUUUUUCUCACCUCCCAAAUUUGCGAAUCCUGAGGGUAGGAAAUAGUUACACCUUCACUGGGAUUCAGAGAAUAGAUUUUGUUGGACUCACCUUUCUGGAAGAACUUGAGAUCAUUGCAUCUAGUCUCCAGAGUUAUGAGCCCCAAAGUUUGAAGUCAAUUCAGAACAUCAGUCAUCUGAUCCUUCAUAUGAAGCAACCUAUGUUACUGGUGAAGAUUUUUGUAGAUCUUUUAAGUUCAGUGGAAUCUUUUGAACUGAGAGAUACAGACUUGGACAUGUUCCACUUUUCAGGGCUAUCCGUCAGUGAAACGAAUCCAGUGAUUAAAAAGUUCACAUUUAGAAAUGUAGACAUGACCGAUCAAAGUUUUAAUGACCUUGUGAAACUGUUGAGUUAUGCUUCUGAGUUGUUGGAGGUAGAGUUUGAUGACUGUACUCUUAAUGGAGUUGGUGAUUUUCAUGUAUCUGAGCUCGAGAAAAUUAAAAUUCCAGGUAAAGUGGAAACACUCACUAUACGGAAGUUGCAUAUCCCAAAGUUCUACUUAUUUUAUGAUCUGAGCACAGUGUAUUCAAUCACUGAAAGAAUUAAAAAAAUCACAGUGGAGAACAGUAAGGUUUUUCUGGUUCCUUGUUUAUUUUCACAACAUUUAAAAUCAUUAGAACACUUAGAUCUCAGUGAAAAUCUGAUGGUUGAAGAAUACUUGAAAAAUUCAGCCUGUGAGGAUGGCUGGCCCUCCCUGCAGACCUUAAUUUUAAGGCAAAAUCACUUGACAUCAUUAGAAAAAACUGGAGAGAUUUUGCUGACUCUGAAAAACUUGACCAACCUUGAUGUCAGUAAGAACAGUUUUCAUUCUAUGCCUGAAGCUUGUCAGUGGCCACAAAAGAUGAAAUAUUUGAACUUGUCCAGCACACGGAUACACCGUGUAACCAACUGCAUUCCCAGGACCCUGGAAAUUUUAGAUGUCAGCAAUAAUAAUCUCAAUUCAUUUUCUUUAAUUUUACCUCAACUCAAAGAACUUUAUAUUUCUAGAAAUAAGCUGAAGAUUCUUCCAGAUGCUUCUUCCUUACCCAUGUUACUAGUCAUGAAUAUCAGCAGGAAUACCAUAAAUACUUUCUCUAAGGAGCAACUUGAUUCGUUUCACAGACUGAAGACUCUGGAGGCUGGUGGCAACAACUUCAUCUGCUCCUGUGAAUUCCUGUCCUUCACUCAGCAGCAGCCAGCUCUGGCCCAGGUGCUGGUGGACUGGCCAGACAGCUACCUGUGUGACUCUCCCUCCCACGUGCGCGGCCAGCGGGUGCUCGACGUCCGGCUCUCCGCCUCCGAGUGCCACCGGGUGGCGCUGGUGUCUGGCGUGUGCUGUGCCCUCUUCCUGUUGAUCCUGCUCACGGGGGGCCUGUGCCACCGCUUCCACGGUGUGUGGUACCUGAAGAUGAUGUGGGCCUGGCUCCAGGCCAAAAGGAAGCCCCGGAAGGCGCCGUGCAGGGACAUCUGCUACGACGCGUUCGUCUCCUACAGCGAGCGGGACUCCCACUGGGUGGAGAACCUCCUGGUGCAGGAGCUGGAGAACUGGGAGCCGCCCUUCAAGCUGUGUCUGCACAAGCGGGACUUCGUCCCUGGCAAGUGGAUCAUCGACAACAUCAUCGACUGCAUCGAGAAGAGCCACAAAACCGUGUUCGUGCUUUCGGAGAACUUCGUGAGGAGCGAGUGGUGCAAGUAUGAGCUGGACUUCUCCCACUUCCGCCUCUUUGAUGAGAACGACGACGCGGCCAUUCUUGUCCUGCUGGAGCCCAUUGAGAAGAAGGCCAUCCCCCAGCGCUUCUGUAAGCUGCGGAAGAUCAUGAACACCAAGACCUACCUGGAGUGGCCCCGGGAGGAAGCUCAGCAGGAAGGCUUUUGGAUAAACUUAAGAACUGCAAUAAAAUCUUAGGUUCCUGGAUCACAGUCUGGCUGAGUGGUGGUCUUCAGUUGGUGUCACUUAGUUCAUUCUGACAUAAUUGCAUUCACGGGAAUGUUCUAUUAUUUGAGGACUUGUUCACUAAAACUACUUAAACUGCAAAUUUUAUCUACAGUGCUGUUGUAUAAAAACGGUUACCAGAUUAGAAAAAAAAAAGUCUUUAAAAAUUCUAUGAUAUCAUCAUGACCCAGUUCCAUUACUGGGUAUCCGAAUGAUCCAUGGCAAUUGGCUCAGUUCAUCAGCAAAUGGCACAGAUGCACUAAAGGUGUCAAAUGGUUGUCUCAGGUGGGCUGGCUUGUUGUGAAGCCACUCAGGGGUGGCCACAGGGAGCAUUCUCCGUGCCACCCCCUCUCAUCUCUCUGUAUAGUUGAUCUCAAGAGCAGCAAGAAGUGUUUGAGGACACUAGACUAGACUUGAUGCUCUUCCUACAAAAGGGCUGUGUGUCCCCGUUCAAUUUUUCAGCAUACAAAAUAUCCCGAGGGUGCAGUUUCAUUGUGAAUGGGGUUUACAUUCUUGGGUAUUUAACAGAUUUCUCCAGCCAUAUUUACUUGAAAGAGAAUGUCUAAUACAGGAGUCAAUAAAUUAUGUCUUACCGUGAAAGCAAAACUAUUGAGACAAUAAAAUGCUUAGUUUAGAGGAAGCUGAAGGAAGUCUCCCACAUGGGACCCUGAACUUCCUCAGCCUUUGACCACCUGCAAAUUUUCCUCCCUCACAUGCCAUGUGCUGCUUUUUUGUUCUUUGAAAGUCUUUUUUUUUUUUUUUUUUGGUAUCCUACCAUGGAUGGAAAAGUGGGGUGAUUAACAACCAAGCCACAUCCACAGUCUUCUUUAUAUUUUAUUUAGAGACAGGGUCUUGAUAAGUUUCUUAGGGUCUCCCUGCUGAGGCUGGCUUUGAACUUGUCAUCUUUCUGUCUCAGCCUUCCAAGCCACUGGAAUUACAAAUGUGUGCCACUGCUCCCGGCUUAUUUGAAAGUCAUGUUUCUAAUAUGAAAAAAGAGAGAGAGCUUUUUUAAACAACCCAUGUGAGCUGAACAGAUUUUUAAAUAACUAUAUAUCUAAAGGUUCUUUAUCAUGACUCAGAAACAGUUCAGUCAACAAUAAUUUGAUGAUCAUGCUAGCAUAUAUCAAUUUCUAUAAUCAAGAUUUAAUACCACAUUAAAUUCGGAUGAGCACUCUUUGCUAAGAGCUCGUUUCUGAUUCUGUGCAGCUUUCUUCUUUGCUGGGAACUGUGUUUGAAAGGGAGUGAACCACCUUCGACCCCUGCUCAAAUCUCAACCAGACUAGGCUUAUGUGGCUAAUUGGGUUCUGGAGUGAGACGAGAUCUGGGUUGGCAGAUGUAUAACCUUGGACAAGUCACCUGGCCUGAUUCAAAAUGUUUUCUUGUCCUCAAAAUAGGGACAAUCACCUGCACCUGCUAGGUUUGGAACGCAGCACUGAGUGUAAUCCACAGAGCACAUGCUCUUUGGUACCCUUGCUUCUGGAGGGUGUGAGGAGGGCAAGGGUUCCAAGCCUGCGAGAAUGAGAAUCGUUUUGCCUGAUGUGAUAUGGCAGCAAUGCCUGGCGUAGAUGUGAGCUAUUAUGAUUUUUCAGGAAGGGAUACAUUUCUUUAUAAAAUUAUAGGUUUAAGUGGAUUUUUUUUUCUAUCAUCAGGACUAGCAGGGAUAAAAGGAACCCUGCUGUUCACAAAAUUACCCAAAGGAAAUAAGUUCAUUCAGUAUGUAUCAGGUGUUAAUCUUGGAGAACUCACACAGUGCUUCUCAUACCAAGUCCCAGGAGAGUGUGGAAGAGGAAACACACCAGCCUAAGGGGAAAAAAGGGUAGGUUUAGGCCAGGUGUGGUGGCAUAUGCCUGUAAUCCCAGUGGCUCAGGAGGUCGAGACAGGAUAGUUGUGAGUUCAAAGCCAGCCUCAGCAACGGCAAGGCACUAAGCAGCUCAGUGAGACCCUGUCUCUAAAUAAAAUACAAAAUAGGGCUGGGGAUGUGGCUCAGUGGUCGAAUGUCUCCAAGUUCAAUACCCAGGACCAAAAAAAAAAAAAAAGUGUGUGUGUGGGGGGUAGGUUCAGCAGAAGGAAACCCCAACAGCAAUGAAUUUUCUGCUUUUCUUUCCCACUGCCUAUACUAAGCACCAUGUUGAUUAUUGUGAGAACCAGAGAUACAUUGACUUGAUUUAUAUAUUUAGCUUUAAGAAUUUGAACAGCAGCCAGGCGGGGUGGCACGUGUGGCCUGCAAUCCCAGCAGCUCUGAAGGCUGAGGCAGGAGAAUUGCAAAUUUGAUGCCAGCCUCAGCCCUAAGCAACUUAGUGAGGCCCUCCCUUAAGAAAAAAAAUUUUUUUUGAAUACCAAUAGAAAUAGCCUCAAAGUUUAUUGAUAGACUUAAGAUUACCCUUAAAAUAAUCUUUAUAAUUUUUUAUUACAAUGUUGAACACCACUGAAAAAUUUUUAGAAAAGAUAAUAUAUAAAAAUAGGAAUCAGCUCUUAUUCCAUCACCUUAGUAUAUAUAACCACUGGUAACUAGUAUAUAGCUCUCCAAUCUUUAUCAAUGCAGGUGUACAUAGUACUUCACAAAAUUGAGAUUAGACUGUAAAUACUUAGUUUAUAAAGAAAAUGGCAUAUUCCUUUUUUUUAUUGUUUACUGAUUGCUACAUUUUGCACAUUGAAUGUCCCCUGAAGUGUCAGGUGUUGACAGUUUGAUCACCAGCCAGUGGCACUACUGGGAGGUGGUAGGACUUUUAGGAGAUGGGGCUUAGUGGAAUGUAGGUGGGUUAUUGAAGGUACGUCCCUGAAGGGGAUAUUGGGACUCUGACUCCUCCUCUUCCUCUUUCUUUCUCCUUCCUGGUUCCCAUGAAGUGGGCACCUUUCUGGGGCAUGGGCUUCCUGCCGUGAUUUACUGCCCACCACAGACCCCAAAGCAAUGGGGCCAAGUAACCAGGGACUGAAACCUCCAAAACUGUGAGCUAAAAUAAACCUUUCCUCUUUUUAACUUGCUGAUCUCAGGUACUCGCUUCAGUCGUGGAAAGCUGACUAGUUUAGUGGUUAUCUGACAUUUCUGAACUGCAAGGACCAUUUUGAACUCCAUGAAGAGAAGUAUUGCUUUAGCUGCCCAGAAUUUUAAGGUUCCAGAAGCUACCCUCAUGCAGCUGUCCAAAAAGGGCAAGCAGCAAAUACAUCAGAGAUCAGUGUAUGGGACUCUUUUUUGGAACAAAAACUAAUUUUUCAGAUGCAAGAUCUUUUAUUUGUCAAUGGACUGUAAGCUCAAAAAACUUGGUUUAUCUCUUUAUCCCUUGAAUAUGCCUAGUAUAAAUAUUGAAGCAUUGAAUUAUUGAAAUAUGUGCUGAGUAGGGAAAUGAAUUGUGAUCAAAUCUAGUAACCUGGAUGGUGAUGCCCAUAUGAUAAUGAAGCACUGGGCAGUUUGAAGAAGGAAAAUUACCAACAGGUGGAAAUCAUCAUGUGAGUUCUCUUGAUGACAGAACUUUUUUUAAAAAAAUGUUUUUAAUUUUAAUUGACAUUUAAUAAUUGUACAUUUAUGAGGGCCAACGUGAUAUUUCAAUAUGUGUAUACCAUGUGCAAUGAUCAGAUCAGCGUAUAAUUGGCAUACCCAUCACCUAAAUAUUUAUUAUUUCUCUGUUAGGGGCAUUUAAAAUCUCCCAUAUUAACUACUUUUAAAUAUGCAACAAAUUGUGGUUAACCAUGGUUAUCCUACUGUGCCACAGAACAGAAGUCAUUGCUCUCUUCCAACUGCACCUCCUUACCUGCUCACCAGCCUCUCUCCAUCCCUCCCUCCUCCACACCCUUCCCAGCCACUGUUCUCUUUGCUUCUAUGAGAUCAACAUUUUAUGUGUGGGUAGUGCUAGGAAUUGAACCCAGGGCCUUGCACACACCAGGCAAGCACCUAUCAAGCUAUUCCCCUAGUUUCAGGAGAUCAACUUUUUAGCUUCCAAAUAUUAGUGAGAACAUGUAGUAUUUGUCUUUGUCUUCCUGACUCACUUCACUGAACAUAAUAUUCUUCAGUUCUGUUCAUUUUGCUGCAAAGGACAGAAUUUCAUUUUUUUUGUGGCUGAAUACUAAUGCAUCGUAUAUAUUCCCCACAUUUUCUUUAUCCAUCAAUUGACAUGUUGUUUGAUUCUACCUCUUGUCUAUUGUGAAGAAUGCUGUAGUAAAUGUGGGAGUGCACAUAUCUCUUCAACACACUGAUUUUGUUUCCUUUGGAUAUAUGCCCAGUUGUGGGAUUACUAUAUCAGAUGGAAGUUUUAUUUCUAGUUUUUUGAGAGGAAACCAUCAUUUUUAACAACUGAGUACUAUCCCUCUCUAUGAGUAGGCCAUCAUUUAAUCAGUUCUAUAGCACUGGACACUUGUUUGAAAUUUGGGGGAGGGAUUAAAUUUUUUAUUAUGGAGAUAUUCAUACAUAAUGGUAGAAUAGUGUAAUUCUGUGAACACACUGAUGACAGAACUUUGAAUAACACUAAGUCACUGUCAAUAUUUAGACAAGGAAAAUAAUAAUUGAUGUAUUCCUUCCUACUUCAUGCAGGUGUGAUGCAGAAGGUGUCCUCAAGUGCUGCAGAAUAGGGAUCUAGUGUUCUGUAUACAGUGUUGACUGUUUAAAAAAUAACAGUAAUUUGAACAAUUUUGGGGUUCCAGCAUAUGAUUCUUAGGUUAAUUCUGUUUUCCCCUAUUCAGUUAAUUUUGUUCUCUCCUGUCAAAUUGAUCCAUUCUUUCAGAAAAGCGUUUACUUUUACUAAGUGCCUGUUACAUGCUGGGCACUGUGUAAGUGCUGGGGAUACAGUAGGGAACAAGACAGAAUUCCCUGCCUUCGUGGAAUAAAAGGAUGAUAUGAUUUCAGGUAUGAAAAAGAUAACAGCAGAGUACAGAAAUAGGAUGAUGGCAUAUGUCUGUUAUGUUUUGGAUUUGGUAUGUCCCCCCAAAGCUCAGGGGUUGAAGACAUGGUCCCCAGUGCAGUAAUGUGCAGAAGUGGUGAUUUCAGGAAGGGAUUGGACCAUGAGGCCUCUAACCUCAUCAGUGGAUUAAUCCAUUUGGUGGAUUAAUAACUUGAAGAGACUAGUGGGAGGAGGUGGAAAAUGUCAGAAGGUGGGGCAUGGUUAGAGGAAGUAUGUCACUUGGGGGUGUGAAAAUCAGGACUAUAUCUUGUCCCUGGCUCUUCCUCUCUUUCUGCUUCCUGGUUUUCAUAAGAAGAAUACCAUGUCCAUGCCCUUCCACCAUGGCCUGCUUCACCUCAGGCCCAAUGCAAGGAGCCAGCCAACCACAGACUGAACACACUGAGAUUCUGAGCUAAAAUAAAUCUUUUUGAACUUCAA